AUGGACAUCUGUGACAUUUCCUUUGGGUCUGUGCUGCUGUUACAGACCAGCACUGGGGCGUCAGUAAAUGUCUUUCUCCUCCUCUUUUAUAACCACAUGAUUUCCUUCGGUCACUAGAUCAGCUCCUCAGACUUGAACUAUCCCCAUUUGGCCCUGGCCAACACCAAUUUUUUCACCUAUGGAAUCUCAGAAACCAUUACUGCAUGGGGAGAGAGAAAUUUCUUGGAUGGGACUGGAUGUAAAGUCAUCUUAUACAUUUACCGGGUAUCCCGGGGUCGCAUCUGCACCACCUGCCUCCUGAGCGUCUUCCAGGCUAUCACUAUCAGUCGUGGCACCUCCUGGUGGGCAGGAGUCAAAUCUAAAUUAUGCGAGUGUGUUAUCCCCUCUUUUCUCUUCUUCUGAGUCCUCAGUUUGCUCAUUGACAUUAAUAUACUGAUGUACGCAGCUGGCCCACAGAAUAGCACCACCGUUCACAUUACAUAUGAUCUUAAUUAUUGUUCAGCAAUCAUUCUUAGUAUGGAGGUUACCCUGGUAAAUGCUAUUUUCCUUUCUGGCCGUGAUCCGAUAUUUGUAGUGAUCAUGAGUGUGGCCAGCGGCUACAUGGUCAUUGUCCUACACAGUCACCACCAGCAGGUCCGAUACCUCCACAGGCCUGGCCGCUCCCUGAAGCAGAUGCCCGAGGUCCGAGCAGCCAAGAGGGUCAUCAUCUUGGUCACCGUCUAUGUCUUCCUUUACAGCCACCAGUCCAUCAUGUUCAGUGUUUUACUCAACAUGAAAGAAAAGUCUCCUCUGCUGGUGAAAGCCCACCAGCUUUUGUCAUUCGCCUUCUCAUCUGUCUGUCCAUUCCUGGUGAUUUACAGUGACAGGAGGGUGAGAAUAUUCUGGAAAAUGGGGUCUCCCAUGCACAAAGUGGAUCUUUCAUAG